CCUCCGACUAUCAAGCCGAGAUAUUGCUCUACGCCUGCCAUUUGGCCUCACUGCGCCGGCCUCAGGCAUUGCACGUCGCAUCGAUGCACGCUCGCCGGCAUGAAGAGAAAACGCAGUGCCCACGCUGGCGGCAGACCCCCCAAGAGGGCCAGGGAUGCCGACCAAUCUGCCAUCGCCACGGCUGCUGGCAUUGAGCAUCCCGUGCUGGGACGGCUCUACCCCGAGGUCUCGUCGUUGCGCCACUAUUUGUUGUCACGGCUUCCUUCCUCCUCCAAGAACCGAAGACGGAAAAUAUCUCAAUUGGGACUGCCACCGCACGGGCAAGAUGCAGGUGCAACGCGUUCCGUCGACCUUGAGCUGGCGCAGCUGCUAGACUCCACCCUGGUUGGCGUCCCGCCCACUGCCAACGCGCCGAACCGAGAGGAAGCGGCGGAGGAGCGGGCCAGAGACAUCGAGAGCUUCUCCCAACAGCUUCCUGCAGGGACUACAGCCAGCACAUUCAAGCCGGGGUAUUUUCUGCAGUCUGAGAUUGUCGACUUUGUGGUCUGGCGUCUUUUCCGGAAAUCGACCUCCCACAAGCCCUCGCAUCUGCUCUGUCACGGCUUCCAGCGGUCAGCUGCCCACGGCCAAAAUGGAAUCAACCAAACCGCCCACUCCAUUCCCGGACUGGUCUCCUACUACAGGAAUACGUACGUCGAAACCGUUAAAGGACCGCUAUGGUGUCGACUGCACGCGCUUCUGGGCCAAGGAGGUGACCGCAUCAUGAUGGACAUGCUCCUGGACUGCGCCAUAUUUUCCUCCGUAGGACACUCGGGCAACUACUUUCAGCUGAGCGGCGUGCCAGCCUCGGAGCUGAAGCUAGGCUCCAUAUUGAACAAUCCCCAGGCGGUAGUCGCUGCAGACAAUAGUACCAGCAAGAAGCCCACCAACCUGGUGAGCGAGAAUCGGAAGCCGAACGCCAUCACUUUUGUCCGGAGUCGCAUGCUGUACGCGCGGGCGGCCCUUAACGCUAAAGGAGGAGUCCGCUUCGGGAUGCGCCAUAUUCAUGUGCUGAAUCGGUUCCCAGAUCUAGAAGACCCUCACCAGACUGUGCAUAUAAUGCGGCACGUCUUCCCUCGCCAAUUUGGGCUGCACAACGUCUUCACGUCAAAGGUGGAUACGCGAGAGACCGCCAUGUCGUUCAAAGACUACACCUUGCGCGAGAAGGAAAUCCAUCAGUCAAUGUGCCGAGAGCUGUCCGACAACGUCGGGUCGGAAGAGCAUGUCCUCAAGUGGAAGUCGCAUAUCCCAAAGCGACUCCGCGGCGACACGGUUGCGCUGGUCAACAAGCUCCGCAGACUCAACCAGAGGUGCUCGUACAUGGAGUUACUGCGGCAUUAUUGCCCCGUCAAGGUAACUGCUAACCGUCACACUCUCCAACUUGCAGCAAAGCUGACAUGUGAAGGGCCUGCAUUUAUCCUCCAGACCGGAGUGGAGGAAACACCCACUUCAGCCGAGCGGAACGGUUCCCGUAGCUGCAGAGUCAGCGCAUGGCGAUAAGGAGAUCGAUCCUUCCAUAUCCAGGCAUCGAACGGUUGAACAAACAUGUUUCACAGAUAUGGCCUGUCCCACGGCGCAUGUGUCGGCAUUUUGUCGAGCUGUAAUAGCUAAGGUGAUCCCCAACGGAUUCUGGGGUGACGAGCACAACAAGCGCAUAAUCAUGUCCUGGAUAGAUCAGUUCAUCCAGCUCCGGAGGUUUGAGACCCUUAGCCUGCACCAAGUGACGCAGAAGCUCCAGAUUGUGCAUUUAUCCUGGCUCCGAGCACCCGGUCAACACGCCACCACAAAGAUGGCCAAGUCCGAUUUCGAGAAACGUCAGGAGAUUGUUCUG